UUUCAUUGAAAAUAUCCAUAUGCCCAAAACAAUGUGUGCCAUCUUCGCUUCGUCUUUUCCUGUGUCUGGAGCCGUAUCGUCAAUCAUCUGCUUCGUAUUUCUAAUUUACAGUGGGGCUACCAUCUUAUUUUGCUGCAAAAAAUCAAAGGCGCAAAAGAAAAGGAAAAAUAAGGCAAACAAGGACUCAAGGAUGUCAAGAGCUUCGAAGAAGUCACAUAAUUCUUUCGAAGAAAAACGGCGUAAAAGUGGAAAAUAUGGAGGCGGUGAUGAUUACCAAUCAUUGGCAGGGCUAGAUGGGGAUAUGUUUGUGAAAGGUGGAGCUAAUAAACGCAUUGAUUCUCCUGCUAGAGGCAGACGCGGGAAAGCUGCGGAGAGGAGAGCUAAGAAAAUUAAACAGCGGCGAGGUGGAGAGUGUCAAGACGAUAUUGAGGAGGAUGUCGAUGUAAUGCCAUUCACUCAAUCGGAUAUUAAAUUGCCUGGAAAAUCGCUCCUAUCAAAAGACACUAUAAGGUCGAGACAGAGUAUUGUGGCAUCUACUAAGCAAAGUAAAGUGCAAGAUAAAGGAGCUAGUCUAUUUAUAUAAAUAAAAGAAAAAAGAAUGGAUGUAUGUUUGUAAAUGUGUAAAAUAUGAUUUUU